UAUCAGUUUAUAUAUACUUUCUGCCACUUUCCUUGUACAACUUUCUAGUGAAUUCAAUUCCUUUUCUCUUUUUCCAGUGUCCUUAAAAGUAAAUAUAUUUCCUUCCUUAUACAGCAGUAAGUUUCCACACAAGCGCAGCUUUUUCCUUAGCGUGUGUUUCAGGCAAAUGAGUAUAUAAUAAUGUUCCCAAAAAAGGGGUCUUUUCUCUUUCUUUAAGGAAUCAUGAAUAGUUAUUUUAGGAUCUAAACUUCAUAGGAAAAAAGCUUCUACUUUCUCUUCAAUGGUUUUCAAAUGGGGUGUCUUUAAAUGGUUUUCUUGAUUUGGUUUUGUAGUUUGAAGUUUAUGUCAUUUUCUUAAUGUCAGUUGGUUAGUAUAUAGAUUGGGAAACUGCUGGUUUUCUGUUUCUUUUUGCUCAUAAGGGAAAAUCCACAAAAGGGUUGUUUGCAAGAUUGUAGUUUCUUGAUUUGAAUGUGACUUGGCUGAAUUUUUUCCUCUCAAAAUUUGUCAUUUUUCAAUAUCAGUUAGUUAGUAUAUAGAUUUUGAUAGUGUUGCUUUUCAGUUUCUUUUUUGCUCAUUAGGGAAAAUCCACAAAAGGGUUGUUUGCAAGAUUGUAGUUCUGUUGAUUUGGAUGUGAGUUGAGUGAGUUUUUUUUUUUCCUCUCAAAAAAAUGUCAUCUUUUAGUGGUUUAGGUAUUGGUUUGAGUUUUGUUUUUGGAUGUAUACUAAUGGGACUUGUAGCAGAGUUGUAUUACUUGUUGUGGGUAAGAAAAAGAAUCCCAAAGAGUGAAACAGAGAAUCAAUACAACAACACUGAGUUAUCUCAUUAUUUCUGUUGGAAGAAGCCUAAUUCAGUAAACAAUGUUAGUAGCCAACAACAAGUGAGAAAUCAAGAAAUGAAUAGUCAAGAUCAAGAUUUGGAGUUAGGUACUAGCAAAGAUUUGUUACUAAAAGGUUAUGGUGAAGAUAGUGUGGAGUCAGAGUUAAUGAGGCUGCACAAUCUUUGUGGACCUCCAAGAUUUCUCUUCACAAUUAAGGAGGAAACUAAAGAGGAUUUGGAAUCUGAAGACGGUAAGUCUCACAGAAGUAGAACUUGUUCGAGAAACAGAAGCUUUAGUGACCUUACCCUUACGCCACUGUCUUCACCACCCGUUAAGGGUCGUCAGAAUCUUGAUUCUUACAACUGCAAAGGAUUCAAUCCGCUCUUUGAAUCCUCAACAGAAGCAGAACUAAACAGACUAAGAUCAUCGCCCCCUCCAAAGUUCAAGUUCCUUAGGGAUGCUGAGGAGAAACUUAUUAGAAGAUUAGUAGAUGAAACAGAGAAAAGGGUACUCAAAAAUGAGGUUAAUUAUCAAGAUUCUGCAAUUAAAUUACCAAUAGAUGAGAAAGAGAAAGGGUCAUUCAUUUCUUUUCUUGCAAAGAGCAGAUUAAGGGAAUUACAAGUCCACAACAACUCUACUACUUCUGUAAAGGUACUUCCAGUUGAUAAUGAAUCUGCUAUGCCCUAAGAUUCAUUUCAAGUUUAGAUGGGAGAGGUUUAAAUUUCUUUAUUUAUUUUUUUCACCUCUUUCAUCUAUUAACCAACAAGUACAGCAAUUUACCUCAUCUUUUAUUAACUUUUAGUUUUUCAGAUAGGAAAUAGAGAUUUUAUUGUAAGUUCUCUGGA